AUGGAGCGACUGAUGCGGUACCCAGUCGCCGUCAUAGGCGGAGGCCCCGUGGGUCUUUCAUCCUCCAUCUUAUUAUACCUUCGUAAUAUUCCCCACGUGCUGUUCGAGCGCCAUCAUGGCACUUCAAUCCAUCCAAAAGCAUGCGGCCUAAACCAACGAACCGGUGAAAUUUUCCGCCAGAUGGGAGUGGAGCAAGCGAUUAUUGCACAAGGGGCGCCUCCUGACACAUGCUCCAAGACCGCAUCAAGUCCUAGUCGAUAUGUCAUGUUGCCACAGAUACGCCUCGAACCUAUCCUUUCGCGAAGGGCCAAGCAGCUGAACCCAAGUGGUGUGCACUAUGGCGCCGAAGUUACUGACACCGUCGGAAAAGAAGACUACGUGGAGCUACAGAUUAAAUAUAGGGGAAGUUCUAGACCGAGCGAGAUCAUACAGCCUUCCUAUCUUGGAAUCGAAUUGCAUGGGGAGAAAGACUCAGUCGAUAUGGUGACUGCACACAUUCGAGCGUCGAUAGCCUCUCAAUACCCUGAACCAGAAACCUUUAUAACUUGGUUCAUCAACCCAGAUAUGGGUGGAAGUAUACCAGAAACAGAAGAGUGGAUGUUUGCCUGUAGCAUCCGCCCUGACGACCCACAGAAAUUCGACAAUAAUACAAUGGUCACACGAGUGAAGAAGAGCAUCAACAUCCCGGACUUGCCAGUGGAAAUCUUGAGUGUGAGCCAUUGGUUCGUGAAUGCGAUUUCAGCUGAACGCCGCUAUCGCAGCAUAAAUGGCCGCACUUUCCUUGUCGGUGAUGCCGCGCACCGCAUACCGCCCUUGAGUGCUCUUGGAGUCAACACCAGUAUUCAAGAUGCCAACAAUAUGAUUUGGAAGCUAGCUCUAGCGUUGCGCAUCGGCAAAGAUACUUCCGCCAAAGAUAAUCGGACGGCGAUGCAAGCACUGUUUGACAAAAAUCAUGCUGGUCAUGCUCAGAUGUAUGCGGGUGUGCAGCGUGCACAAACCAUCCUCGAUACCGAAUUCAAGGCGCCUGGAGCAGAGAUAGGAUGGUUUUACCCGACUGCGGAUAUCAAUAAUGAGGGCCAGGAUAACUACCACGAUGGCCAGCUGAAUGAAGAUGGGAAGCUGAACACAGCCAAAUACUUCCCUUCUACAAUACCCGGGCACCACUUUCCCCACAUGUGGUUGAGGAAAGCAGGUCACGUUGUGUCGUCCCGUGAUCUUCUGUGUUUGGACAAGUUUGUGCUCUUUACGGCAGAUCUUGCUUGUUGGAGCCGAGUUGAACAUGAACUAAUUAAGGUAAUCCCCAUUGGUAGUAAAGACCUGGAAGGCAUUGAUGGGAAAUGGAGUCAAUUUUCGGGGGUAGAUCGUAGUGGAGCGGUUUUAGUAAGGCGGGACGGUAUUGUCGCCUGGAGAAGCAAAUUAGCUGGAGAGGACAACGUAAAUAAACUAUAUGCAGCUCUUACAAAGAUACUGAGGAUAUAG